AUGGCGGCGACAGCGCAGAAGUCCUCCGGAGAUCUGGGGCAAACAACUCCCGCUUUGACAUAUGCUUUAGCUGCAAAGGGCAGGUCCCCAUCAGUUCCUUCGCUGCUACCUAACGGCAAAGCUAUCUCCGAGACUGCGGAGAAUGGGUUGAAGAGAUCUUCAUCGUCUGGUAGCAGAGAUACAACCGCGAAUCCCACCAAAGCUCCAACAAAGCGCACAACCAGCGAAACUCGGACGCCACAGGUGGAGGGCGUCACAGCAGGCGAAGAACAACAGCGGGUUCAGCACAGUGAAGGCAAUGAUGUAACCAAAUCCGACAACGCUGCAGCAAAGCCCCACUCUGCUGCGCAGCCACAACCAAUGGUCUCUACUCCAUCAUCACCAGAGUAUGGCAUUCCAUCCGCAUCAACUUUACCCAAAGAAGACGACGCGUUUUCAACUGUGAACGGCUCUUCAGAAUCUACUUGGGACAAACAGUCUCAGACAUCUCAAAAUGGGAGCAAAGGUGGUGAAAAGGCAGAUGCUGAAAAGGAACAAGCCACAAAAAUUCCAUGGGACGAAGAAGCUCCUGCACCUGUCUCGCUCAAGGAAGCGCCACCACCACCAGUGAACUUCUGGCAGCAACGUAUUGCGGCUCAGAAGCCCAAGCAGUCGACUCCUCUUCAGCCACCAAAGCCGGCAGUACCCAAUCUCAGCCCUGGAAACGCUAACGGUCCGGCCAAGGGCACCGAAGCAACCACCGAGCAAAAGAAGCAGGACGGUAAGAAGAAGGGCAAGACAGGUGCAGGCCCACUGGAUGAACGCCCGGCUCUAGGCGCCGCUAGGAAUGGAAGUAAGUCGGCCGACGCAGCCGAUAAAUCUUCUAUCUUACCUGCGCCUCCACCGCCUCCACCUGGGGACGCAAUGUCGUGGCCGGCGCCAGAGAGCGCCCUUAACGAGGGGAAAAAGAAGGCUCCGGACCGGGUAGAAAAAGACGACAAAGAUACAACUCAAGCACCCAAGCCCCACAAGGAAAAAUGGGUGCCAAUGCCUUUGGUUCACACUGUGGUCUUCGACACUCCGUUUCCUACCGCACGGAGAGGAGGCAAGCUCUCUCGUGGCGGAAGAGAAGGCGGUACACGCGCGGGCAACGUCGCGAAUGCCACCAAUGGUGCAGAGAAGCCAAUUCUCCCAGGAAUCGGUACCUCCACCAGCCAAACAUUACCAGCAAGUGGUCUGGAUCGAGGUAGAGGUGCUUUGAACCCGACUUCGACUAACGCCAACCUUUCGAAGCCAAAGAGAGCUUCCAGCGCGGGACCUGCCACCCCAAGAGAUCAGCGAAGAUUGGGAGACGCAACACCUACAGAGAAGCGCAAGGAAUUCGAGAACGGUUUUGCAAAAGCCGGUCAGAGCAAUGGCAAUAAUGGCAAUAAUGUCAAGGAGACUCGAAGACCGUCUGUUCCUGCGGCGGCUAAAGACCCACAACCAGAAUGGUCAACUCGCGUUGUCCCUAUGGAUGGAGCCACAAUCUCAACCAGCUCAGCACCGAGCAACAUAGAUGAGGACAAGAAGAACCUCAGCCUGGCUUCGGAGACGCCUGCAUCCCCUAAAGCAGGUGGGCCUGAGCGAAGAAGCGAGGGUUCCAUUAGACCACCUGACCUUGCGAGAGACUUUCAAGGAAGUCUUCCAGUGCGAGAACGGGGCGAGGGACGUCCAGAGCGUGGUCGUGGAGGAUACCGCGGCCGAGGUGGGUCCAAUCACGCUUUCUUCACCUCUAAUCUGCCAAAUGGCCAUGGAUUCACCAAUGGUCAACAAGGACAGUACCAACCACCACCAGCCACUCCAGCCAAAUCGCACUCCAAUCAAGAGAGCUCACCGUCGCAUUCUCAAAGCUCUUACUACCAACCAACUCAGCAUUAUGGCAAGCACCAUCGUUCUAACUCGCGGUCACAAUCAAUACCCCAGUCUACGCCUUAUGCUAGAUUUUCUAAUGGGCAUCAUUCGGGAGCUACGCAUCUGGCUAGCUUGCAAACUGAAGUAGCAAAUGAGUAUGGCUAUCAACCAGGCAACAACGGUAUCAUGAGCGCAAUCCCAUACAAUCCAUAUUUGGAGAUUCCUGUGUUCGGCAUGGUGUCUAUGCAAAUGGAAUAUUAUUUUUCUGUUGACAACCUUUGCAAGGAUAUGUUUCUUCGGAAGCAGAUGGAUUCUCAAGGAUUUGUACCCCUGACUCUGUUGGCAAAGUUCAAUCGCAUAAAACAGCUCACAACAAAUUACGCUACGAUACAACAGGUCUGCGUAAAUUCACCGAAUAUCGAGUACUAUGACCCUCGGGUCGACGGAAUCGACCGGGUCCGAAAACGCGAUGGGUGGCAGCAAUGGGUCAUGAAGAUGGAAGAUCGUGACCCAUCAGCGCAGAAUGACGGUCCGCUGCCACGUCACCAGUAUCCUUCCAUGAAUGACGCACAUUAUACAUUCGACGAUGCCUCGGCAAUCUCACCUCGAUCAAGCGCCGUGGCCAACUCGGUCGAGAACUUUCAGUUCCAGUCCCUCGACAGUGUUGCACCUCCUCCGUACGGCCAAGCCGGUCCCAUUGGUGCCUCAAAUGGAACUGACGGUUCUACAAUCCGAGCACCACUUUCUGCUGCUGUCUCCGAGUUUUCGCCCGCGGUGCGGUCUUCCAACGCUCGAAGCUUCUCGCAACCCGAUUCUCAAGGCCCAGGAACCAGCGUCUUCACCGACGAGCAAGUCAACAAUCUCAACAUCGUCGUUCGAAAACCAGUGACCGCCACGACUCCGACGCGUCCUCCAUUCCACUCAUCGUCUUCUCGAACAUUUUCCAAUGGGUCAAUAGACGGAAGAUCCAUUAACGAAGAGUUGUCAAAAUUCACGGACCGUCAGCCAGCCCCAACCAUGAAUGGAGAUGCACCCGACAGGAUUCAGAGAUCGAGAAGUCCAUUCCCUGUUGUUUCGCCCGGCCGCCAGAUCGACAAUAAUGAAUCGCCACCAGUCCUUUGGAUCAAGGACAGACAGACUGCAGUCACAACCCUCGAUACUUUGCCAAACGAUUGUGCAGCGGAAUCAUACCACGACUUCCGACGCGAUGCAUUAAAGCAACGGGAGCAACCAGCAGCCGACAAGGCUCACCACCAUGAUAACAUGCAGAGCCUCUACCAGUUCUGGUCGCACUUCCUUAUUCGCAACUUCAACGCCCACAUGUAUGAGGAGUUUCGUCAAUUAGCCCUCGAGGAUGCAUCCCAGCGCGAAUCUACGACUGGAUUGCGAAAUCUGCUACAAUACUAUGAUGAAUCCAUCCUCAGUCAGAAGACCAUCUCUGAUGAAAAAAUUGCCCGUGAUUUCGUUGAUCUUGUCAGGCUCGAGGCCAACAGCAAAGAGCGGCCGGCCUUCGGCAAACUUAGGGCUGUGUGGAGGAAUGGAGCCUACAACAUGAAGAACCGCUCCAAGCUCAGCAAGUUCCUUGACCCUGACCUUAGAUCCGAGCUUGAUCGUUGA